GCUUGAGGCCCAGUGCAUGCUGGGAUGGCUGCGGGCGGCGCUUGCCCUUCAAUCAUGGUGGCCGCUGUGGCGUUCGGGUUCUGGCUCUUGGCUACGCUGCUUCUCCCUGCGGCCGCAGUCUACGAAGAUCAAGUGGGCAAGUUUGACUGGAGACAGCAGUAUGUUGGGAAGCUGAAGUUUGCCUCCUUAGAAUUUUCCCCUGGAUCCAAGAAGUUGGUCGUGGCCACAGAGAAGAAUGUGAUUGCAGCAUUAAAUUCUCGUACUGGAGAGAUCUUGUGGCGCCAUGUUGACAAGGGCACAGCAGAAGGGGCUGUGGAUGCCAUGUUGGUUCAUGGACAAGAUGCAAUUACUGUAUCCAAUGGAGGGCGAAUCAUGCGUUCUUGGGAGACUAACAUCGGGGGCCUGAACUGGGAGACAACUCUGGACAGUGGCAGUUUCCAGGCACUUGGGCUGGUGGGCCUGCAGGAGUCAGUGAGGUACAUUGCAGUUCUGAAGAAGACGACUCUCACCCUCCAUCACCUCUCCAGUGGGCACCUGAAGUGGGUGGAACAUCUUCCAGAAAGUGACAGCAUCCACUACCAGAUGGUGUAUUCCUACGGCUCCGGGGUGGUGUGGGCCCUUGGCAUUGCUCCCUUCAGCCAUGUGAAUGUCGUCAAGUUUAACGUGGAGGAUGGAGAGGUUGUUCAGCAGGUUAGGGUUUGGACUCCAUGGCUGCAGCAUCUCGCUGGGGCCUGUGGUGUGGUUGACGAGGCUGUCCUGGUAUGCCCUGAUGCCAACUCCCGUUCCCUCCACACUUUGGCUCUGGAGACGGAGUGGGAACUGCGGCAGAUCCCCCUGCAGUCUCCUGACUUAGAAUUUGGAAGUGGAUUCCAGCCCCGAGUGCUGCCCACACAGCCCAGCCCAGUGGCUCCUUCUCGGGCCCAGUUCUUCCUACAGUUGUCCCCGGGCCACUACGCUCUGCUGCACUACCACCACGGUGCUGUGACUCUGCUCAAAAACUUCCCCCAGGCCACUCUUGUGAGCUUUGCCACCACUGGAGAGAAGACAGUGGCUGCAGUCAUGACCUGUCGUACUGAACAAAAACCUGGUAAUGCUGGGGAUGGGAGUAUGGCGAGCUUUCCUGAGACAUCUAGGGCACAGGAUUCUCUGGCUUGCUUCAACCAAACCUACACCAUUAACCUCUACUUAGUGGAGACAGGUAGGAGACUGCUAGACACUGCGAUUUCCUUCAGCCUGGAGCAAAAGGGCACUCGUCCUGAGCGGCUGUACAUCCAGGUGUUCUUGAAGAAGGAUGACUCAGUGGGCUACCGGGCCUUGGUGCAGACACAGGACCAUCUGCAGCUGUUCCUGCAGCAGCUAGCUGGGAAGGUGGUAUUAUGGAGCCGAGAGGAGUCCCUGGCAGAAGUGGUGUGCCUGGAGAUGGUGGACCUCCCCCUGACUGGGGCACAGGCUGAACUGGAAGGAGAAUUUGGCAAGAAGGCAGCGAUUCAAGAUGGCUUGCUGGGGAUGUUCCUGAAACGCCUGUCAUCUCAGCUUAUCCUGCUCCAGGCCUGGACUUCCCACCUCUGGAAAAUGUUCUACGAUGCUCGGAAGCCCCGGAGCCAGAUUAAGAAUGAGAUCAACAUUGACACAUUGGCCAGAGAUGAGUUCAACCUGCAGAAGAUGAUGGUGAUGGUAACAGCCUCAGGCAAGCUCUUUGGCAUCGAGAGCAGCUCUGGCACUAUCCUGUGGAAGCAGUAUCUGCCCAACGUUAAGCCUGACUCCUCCUUUAAGCUGAUGGUCCAGAGGACUACUGCUCAUUUUCCCCACCCCCCUCAGUGCACGCUGCUGGUGAAGGACAAGGAAACAGGAAUGAGUUCUCUGUUUGUCUUCAAUCCCAUUUUUGGCAAGUGGAGCCAGGUGGCUCCCCCAGUGCUGAAGCGUCCCAUCUUGCAGUCCUUGCUUCUCCCAGUCAUGGAUCAAGACUACGCCAAGGUGUUGCUGUUGGUGGAUGAUGAAUACAAGGUCACGGCUUUUCCAGCAACUCGGAAUGUCUUACGACAGCUGCAUGAACUUGCCCCUUCCAUCUUCUUCUACUUGGUGGAUGCAGAGCAGGGGCGCCUCAGUGGAUAUCGGCUUCGGAAGGAUCUCACUGUGGAACUGAGUUGGGAGCUCACCAUUCCCCCAGAAGUGCAGCGGGUAGUCAAGGUGAAGGGGAAACGCAGCGGCGAGCAUGUGCAUUCCCAGGGCCGAGUGAUGGGGGAUCGAAGUGUGCUCUAUAAGAGUCUGAACCCCAACCUGCUGGCUGUGGUGACAGAGAGCACGGAUGUUCACCAUGAGCGCACCUUUAUUGGCAUCUUCCUCAUUGAUGGUGUCACUGGCCGUAUCAUCCACUCCUCUGUGCAGAAGAAGGCCAAGGGCCCCGUCCACCUUGUGCAUUCAGAGAACUGGGUAGUGUACCAGUACUGGAACUCUAAGGCUCGGCGCAAUGAACUGACCGCCCUGGAGCUCUACGAGGGCACUGAGCAGUAUAAUGCCACUGCCUUCAGCUCCCUAGACCGUCCCCAGCUGCCCCAGGUCCUCCAGCAGUCCUACAUCUUCCCCUCCUCCAUCAGUGCCAUGGAGGCUACCAUCACAGAGCGGGGCAUCACCAGCCGGCACUUACUCAUUGGGCUGCCUUCUGGAGCAAUCCUUUCCCUCCCCAAGGCCUUGCUGGAUCCCCGGCGUCCUGAGAUCCCAACAGAACAAAGCAGAGAGGAGAACCUGAUCCCAUAUUCUCCAGAUGUCCAGAUCCAUGCAGAGCGAUUCAUAAACUAUAACCAGACAGUUUCUCGAAUGCGAGGCAUCUACACAGCACCAUCAGGUCUGGAGUCCACUUGUUUGGUUGUGGCCUACGGUUUGGACAUUUACCAAACUCGAGUUUACCCAUCCAAGCAGUUUGAUGUCCUGAAGGAUGACUAUGACUAUGUGCUAAUCAGCAGUGUCCUUUUUGGCCUGGUUUUUGCCACCAUGAUAACAAAGAGGCUGGCACAGGUGAAACUCCUCAAUCGAGCCUGGCGGUAAAACGGAAGCAUCCUGCCAAAGUGGAGAACCUUGGGGAAGAGGGUCAGCUAAGGAGCUAUGGCCAUGGAUUGGUAGAUCAGUGAAGUUGGGGUGGAUUCUCAUCUCACUUGAGUCUGGGGGAAGAAGAUGACCUUCAUGUAGAACUUCUAGGAUAUAGUGACGCACAGUCCUUGUAGGACAGAUACCCACCUCAGCAGCGAUCUCCAUGCAUCUGAUCCAUUGCUCUGUUUCCUUUAUCUGUCCAUCCAUGGAUAUUCUGGGCUUAUUUUUGCUUUUGUUUUUUCCUUUUAUGAGACCUCCAGGUUUUUUCUUCUGAGGAUAUUUAAAUUGACUUUAGGUAACCUUCUGUGUCUCCAGUCUUACUGGAAAUCCUCUAACAACUUGUUUUCCAUCUCUUGCUUCCAAGCCUGAAGGGCCAACUCUGCCCUCAAGGUAUACUUGGUAGCCCGUUCCUGACGGGGUUGCCCUGGGAGCCAUUCUUAGCUGAAGUGUGAGGACUGAUCCCACCCCAUGGCUUCUCUCUGAAGCCACUAACUUUAACUAAGCUUUUUGUUCCAUGCUGUCAUUCAUAUGGUUGGGCCACCAUUUGUGUCCAGCCUAUCAAAGCCAAGUACAAAACAGGAAUUUGGCUUCUCAUCCAUAGCCUGUGCUUGUCUCUUGAACUAUAGCAGGCUGAAGUCCUUUUCCUUUUUUUUUUUAAUUUAAAUAUUUUUGGGUUUUCAAGACAGGGUUUCUCUGUGUAACCUUGUCUGUCCUGGAACUCACUCUAUAGACAGGCUGGCCUCAACUCAGAGAUCUGCCUGCCUCUGCCUCCCAAGUGCCAGGAUUAAAGGUGUGCACCACAAUGCCUGGUUUAGUACUAAGGCCUUUUAAAACUAUCAAAUUAUCUGAGGCUUAAUGAGAUUUUGAGUUUCCAGCAUCUCUUAUCUCAUUAAUUUUGCAGGUCCUUCUGGUCAUUCUGUAGCUCUGUUAGAGAAAAGGGUCUUUGUCUACAAAAAGCCUUAUUUAUUCUUAAUUUCAGUUUGUUUUGUUUUUUUGAGGUAGAGUUUUGCUCUGUAGCUCAGGCUAGCCUCAAACUUGCAGUUCUCUUGCCUAUCCUCCCAGUGUUGGGAUUACAGAUGUUUGCCAUCGUGCUUGGCAGUGUGUAAAUUGUAUCUUAUUAGUAUAAUUUUCUGUGUGACAUUAGGGAAUAGAAUUCAAGUCUCAUGCAAGGCAAGUUCUCUGCACUGAGCUCUCCAUAAGGUGAGCCAUGUGGGUUGUUAUUUUUCUUAAGUAGACUUUAAAUCUUACUGAUUUAAGUUUCCAGGGGCCUGCAAGGAGCAUGCUGUGAUUCAAACCCAGGGCUUCACAUGUCUUAGCACCUCCUUUACUUCUACUACUGAGUUCCAGACCCAGCACAUGUAACCUUUUUGCUUUAGUUUUUUUUUUUUUUUCUUUUUUUUUUUGACAGGGUUUCUCUGUAUUGUUUUGGAGCCUGUCCUGGAACUUGCUCUUUAGACCAGGCUGGCCUUGAAUUCACAGGGAUCCACCUGCCUCUGCCUCCCUAGUGCUGGGACUAAAGGUGUGCACCACCAACGCCCGGCUCUUACUUUAGUUUUUGAGACAUGGUUUUACUAUAUAGCCCUGACUGACCUGGAACUAGCUCUGUAUACCAGGGCUGGGCUUCUCUGUGGAAUGUGUGUGCACUACUGGCUGGCUGGGUUUCUGUGUGGGAUAUGUAUGUACCUCUGUCUGGCUCCUGUGUGGGGUGCAUGUGCACUUCUGUAUGGAGUGCAUGUGCACUUCUGUCCGGGCUUCUGUGUAUUACACUGAAAGAAUCCUAAGUUUUACCUUGCUUGUGAACUUAGGGACUCAUUGUUCUUUUGUGAAGAAGGGAAGGCAAUGCAGUUGACUAUGUUCCCUGGAAUAAAGCAAUGAUCAGUGAA